AUGGCGCCACUAUCCAGAUCGAACUCAUAUGUCGACCCAGAGUUCACCCUCCGUCGACAAUUUGGCAAACAGGCCUUCAGACCCUUGCAAAAGGACAUCAUCGAGGCUGCGCUCGCAGGGAAGGAUGUCUUUGUUCAGGCGGCCACCUCGUUCGGCAAAUCCCUCUGCUUCCAGCUCCCCGCCGUCAUCGACCAUGGCAUCACCAUCGUCAUCUCCCCGCUGCUCAGCCUGAUGAUGAACCAGGUCGAGGCGCUGCGGCAGGCCAACGUCGACGCGCGCACUCUGAACAGCAACACCCCCCCGCUCGAGAAGGAUGCCAUCUACGCAGACCUGGCGACCGGCCACCCGCGCACUCGGCUGCUGUACGUCACGCCAGAGCUGUGCUCCGGAGAGCGCUUUCGCGCCAAGCUGCGGGUCGUCCACGAGCAGAGGGAGCUGGCCAGGGUCGCGGUCGACGAGGCCCACUGCAUCUCCGAGUGGGGCCACGACUUCCGCAAGGACUUCAAGCGACUCAGCUGGUUCCGUGAGGCCUUCCCCGACGUGCCCAUUAUGUGCCUGACCGCCACGGCCAACGAGCAGGUCAGGACGGACGUCCUGGGCACCCUGGGCCUCCUGGCGAGCCCCGAGCGGCUGCGCACCUUCGCCAUGACGGCCUACCGCCCGAACCUCCACCUAGAGGUGCGUUUCACGAGCGACGAGGCCGACGACCGCUUCGACGACUUUGUAACGUGGCUGCAGGGUGUGUACUGCCGGCGGGACAGUGAUGGCAGGAGGGCCGAGCUGGAGGCGCGGGGCGAGCGGGUCAAGGGUGUGCCCGGCAUCAUCUACACCAACUCGCGCGGCGAGUGCGAGAUGAUUGCCGCCGCCCUCCGAAACGAGGGCAUCGGCGCCCGGCCCUUCCAUGCUAAGCUUCACACCCAGACCAAGGAGGAGACCCUCGCCCGGUGGAUCGACAACCAGGAGGGCUACGAUAUCAUCGUCGCCACCACCGCCUUCGGCAUGGGCAUCGACAAGGAGAACGUCCGGUUUGUGGUGCACUGGCGCAUGCCCAAAAGCUUCGAAGGAUAUUACCAGGAAGCCGGGCGCGCGGGCCGGGACGGCAACGCGAGUUAUUGUUUCUUAUACUACAGCCGCGAGGACCGUGACAGGAUGUGCAGCAUGGUUGGGCGGGAGGCGAAGGACGGCCAGAACCGCCAGGCGCGGCUAAAGAGCCUGCAGUGCCUGGCCGAGUACUGCGAAGCCGUGGCAGGGUGUCGGCAUGCUAUGAUUUGCAAGUAUUUUGGCGAGACAGAGAUGCCAGUAUGUGACUUUGCAUGUGAUUGGCAUAAAGAUCCGCAGGGGCUGAAGAGGAGGUUGGGCAAGGGCCUGGCGAGCGAGGAGUGGGUGAGCACGCAGAGAGAGGAGGGUGCUUACGAUGGCUGUUACGGUGAUUAUUGA